AUGAAAAAAGAAAGUGAAUGUGUGAAGGUUGUGGUUAGAGUGAGGCCCUUUAAUCAGAAAGAGAAAGAAAAUAAUAGUAAACCUUGUGUGAACGUGGAUGAAAAAUAAAAUGUAGUUGAACUAUUGAAGCUUACUGAUAAUGAGACGAAGUAGUUUUCUUAUGAUUAUGUUUUUGGAAUGAAUGCUAAAUAAUCAUACAUAUACGAAAAGACGGCAUUCAAUUUAGUAGAAUCUGUGAUUGAUGGGUAUAAUGGGACAAUAUUCGCCUAUGGUUAAACAGGGUGUGGAAAGACCUUCACUAUGACUGGAGUUCCUGAGAAUGAAGAACUUAAGGGUAUCAUCCCGAGAACAUUCACUCAAAUAUAGACGAUUAUCGAUACAAACACAGACACAAAGAAGAAAUUCUUGGUCAGAUGUUCUUUUCUUGAGAUAUACAACGAGGAAAUUCGGGACUUAUUGGGAAAAGAUCAUAAAGCAAGAUUAGAAUUAAAAGAGUCUCAAGGUUCUGUCUCAGUAAAGGACUUAACCAUGGUUACAGUGAAAACUGCUUAGGAUAUGGAUAAAUACAUGACUCUUGGUUAGAGUAACAGAUCUGUUGGAGCCACAGCUAUGAAUGCACAAUCAAGUAGAUCUCACUGCAUUUUUACUGUGUAUGUUGAAAGUUAGAUAGUAGAUGCUAAGGGGAGUGAGUUUAUCAGAGUAGGAAAACUUAAUUUAGUAGAUUUAGCUGGAAGUGAAAGAUAGUCUAAGACUCAAGCCACUGGAGACAGACUUAAGGAAGCAACUAAGAUUAAUUUGUCCUUAUCUGCAUUGGGCAAUGUGAUUUCAGCAUUAGUAGAUGGGAAAACUCAGCAUAUUCCUUAUAGGGAUUCAAAAUUAACCAGAUUAUUGUAAGACUCUUUGGGUGGUAAUACUAAAACAGUUAUGAUCACUGCUUUAAGUCCUGCCGAUUACAAUUAUGAUGAAACUCUAUCUAGUUUAAGGUAUGCAUCUAGAGCCAAAAUGAUCAAAAAUCAACCUAAGAUCAAUGAGGAUCCAAAGGAUGCUUUGUUGAAAUAAUAGGCAGAUGAAAUUUCAAAAUUAAAAGAAUAAUUAUCUAAAUUACACAAGAAUGGGGGUGGAGGAGGCUCAGAGAAAGAGAUUUAAAAUAAUAGUAAUGCUAAUCAGAGUUUUUAUGCAAAUUUGAAGAAAUAAUAAGAGAAUCUUGAAAUUGAAAAGAUUAAAACUGAUGAAGUGUAGAAGGAACUUCAAAAACUGAAAUAAGAUAAUGAGAGGUUAAUGAAGGAAAGGAUGGAAAAAGAGGAAUAGAUGUCCAGACAAAAAUAAAGAGAGCUUGAGUAAUUGAUAAAAGAUAAUGAAAAGUUAUAAAAGGAAAAAGAAAAGGUAUUAGAACAAAUAGCAGAAAAGGAGUAAAAAGCUGUAGAGGAAUAAAAUUUAAGGUAGAAAUUGGAAGAGUUAAUGCAAGCAAAAGAGAAGAUGGUUGUUACAGGAGGAAAAGCAAGUGAAGAAGAAAAAAAGAAGUAUCGUUUAUAAUAGAAGAAGUUGAAAUAAUAAAGUCAAGAACAUGAGCAAUUAUUGGAAGAAAGAGAGAAACAGAAGGAUGAAUUGUAUGAGAUUGAACAAAAAUAUCAAUCAGUCUAAGAAGAAAUUGAAGCCUUAAGGAAAAAAAAUUUGAGAUUGAGGAAAGCCCAUAAAGAGGCAAUGGUAGAAAUAAAGGAUAUUCAAAAAGAAAAUGAGCAGGAUAAAGAAGAAUUACUUGAAAGUAUUAGAGGUUUGGAAAGAGAAAAUACAUUAUAUUUACGAAUAUUGUUAACUUUGUUUAAAGAGGAUGAAUUAUAGAGUCUUAAGGGCGAUUGUGUUUAUGAUGAAGAAAAGAAAGAUUAUAAGGUCCCUCCUUUUAUCUUUAAGUAGAAUAAGGUGUCCUAUCCUUCCUUGCCUUACAAAGAAGCUCAGGAGUAUAUUGAAAAUCUUAAAGAUUAAAGACAAUUACAAAUUAACCCUAAGCAGGAUAUGCUUGAGAAUCCUAUUAGAAACAAUAGUAAGGUGCGUUCUGAGGAAGUCUAAUUAAGAUCAAAUAGUCAAGGGUUUGAUUAAAAAGCCAGAUAAAAUCAAAUGUUGUUAUAACAGAAGUAAUAGGUGUAAGAAUUAGAGAAAAUGUAUCCAGCCUCAUAAACACCUUAGUUGGAGAAAAAACAAAAAGUAUAGCUGAGUCCUAUUGAAAAUAAAUCUGACCGGCCUCCUUCUACUCAACAUAGUGAUAAAAACAUUUUCAAAUAAUCUCCUUUAACAAAAUAGAAAGAACUUCAAGUUCCCUAGAAACCACUUAGCAAAAUUCCUUUAGGAAAACUACCGCCAGAUAUUGAUAGAAAGAAUUAUCAUUAUUGAGAGGAGAUUUAAUUUGGUAUGUCUAAAUAUUAACAAUAAUAUAAA